CAAGGACUUUUUGUCUUUUUUUUCCUUGAUACAAUAUUCUUUAACAGGACAAAGUUUGUUAUAUAAGAAGGUGAAUAUAUCUAGAAAAGUAUCGUAGGCACAAUCCGCAUUGGAUUCUUUAUAAACCGGGCUCAAGACUGUAAUUGAAGAAUGCCAGCGCUGAACACCACCGCUGCACAUUGGAACCAAAGCGGCAUGGAAGAACAGAAGAACUGCAUCGAUCCAGAUGUUUGGCAUGCACUCACUAGCAGCCAGCCCAUCUACAUGGCGGUCAUCACCGUGUUGGGAGUGGUGUUAAACGCCUUUGUGCUGCUGGUGUUUUGCCUUCACAAGAAAGCGUGCACUGUGGCGGAGAUCUACCUGAGCAACCUGGCGGUUGCCGACCUCAUCCUGGUGUCCUGUCUUCCGUUUUGGGCUAUCAACAUUGCAAAUGAUUUUAACUGGCCUUUCGGUGUGGCCAUGUGCAAAGUGGUCAACGCGGGCAUCAAGAUGAAUGCUUACUGCAGCAUCUACUUCCUGGUUUUAGUGAGCAUAGAUCGCUACGUGGCGUUGGUUCAUCCCAUGUCGCACGGGCGAAUGCGUCGACCCAAGUAUGCCAAAAUUGGCUGUCUUCUAGUGUGGGUGUUCGGCUUGCUCCUGAGCACCCCGACGCUGGUCUUCAGGACUGUCAUGCAUUUCCCGGAAUAUAACGUACACGCCUGCGCUCUUGAUCUUCCAAGUCGUACCUUAAUGUUGCUCCGCGAUGUCAUAUUAAUUUUUAUUAGUUUCAUCAUCCCGAUCGUCAUCAUCUCAUUCUGCACCGUCAAGAUCAUCCAAUCGUUAAAGAAAAGGUCAGUCGAGAGAUUCAGCGCUGAGCAGAGUGAACAGAAAGCCACUACACUGGUCUUGGUCGUCUUGGGUGCCUUCCUUAUCUGCUGGAUACCAUUUCACAUCAACACAAUGGCGGAUAUUCUAUUAAAGGCCGGUUUAAUUGGAGGAUGUCACCUUGAAGCAGUCAUAGAUAUUUGCGAACAAAUCUUUGUCUACUUGGCCUUCUUCAACAGUAUCAUCAACCCCAUCUUGUAUGUCAUAGUUGGUAAAAACUUUCGGAAAAAAGCUCAGGAAGUGUGUAAGCAGUGGCCCUUGAGUAGCGCAACAACAGCGUCUACACGUUCUAACACUUCUGCAACGUUGAGGACGUUUACAUGAGAAAAAAAUAAAUAACAUUCGGUGAGAGAACUCAGCUUGUCUUGAUGAUGGCUUCUAAAAAGAUUCUCAUCUCAGCCCAGAGGCAUUUUUAUGAAGAAAAAAAAACCUUGCUGGGCCCCAAGCACUGUAGUUAGAUGCCAAACAUGCUAUUACAUAACUCUCUUUUCCCUUCUAACUCCAAAUUGUAAUCCAAGAGAAAUCUGUUAGCCUCGUUAUUUUUAUUUAUUUAUUUAUUUUUACGUAAAAAGUCAAAACCAAAACAAGAUUUUAAAUGCCAUGCCAACAGAAGUGUACUAUUUUGUCAUAGUCACAACAUACACAUAUGUGGUUUACUGAUAAAUAGCGAUAAAACACAGCAGUAUUUUGCUUCGCAAGAAUAUUGGCUGUUUUUAGGUUUUCUCUUGUAGGACAAGAAAGAAGAAGACCAUUGAGGGUUAACCCUCAUAUUUUAAUAAUGUGCAUAUCAGAGGUUGCGCUAGACUUUUUCGUUGUCUGUCAUUUUGACUGACAGGGUUAUAAAAAUCCGGUCAUAAUUUAUUUUUACACGUCACUUAAAUUUUUUAAAUGUUAUAAUGACAUAUUCAGUAGUAUUUAGUUUUCAUUCAUCUUUAAUUAAUAUUCUGUCCGAACAAGCUCAACAGAGAAUCCACACCGCGCCAUCACACAUCAAGCAGCUGUGCGUUAUUAGCGCCUAGCUUGCCUUGA